UGUGUGUAGUAGAAUUUGGGGUGAGAGUUCACUGGGUGAGGAUGUGUUCAACACUGUGUUUGCAGAGGUGUUCCAGCUGGUUGCAGUGCAUCUUCCUCAGAGCGGAGAUCAGCUGGUGGAGGCCCUAGAGCUUUCUGCUGUUCUCAGUGACGUCAGCUCCAACCCAGCAGCCAUCGGCUUUGGCAAAGGGGGGGAAUUUAUUGCUUCAGCUAAAGGUUUGCAUCUGGAGGUCUUCUUCUUCAAGAAGCAGAAGUCAUACAGGUUUUCCCUCAAAGAAGACAACAAGAAGGGAGGCAAGAACACAUUCAUGUGCGUCGCCUGUCACCAGAAAGAGGACUGCAUUGCCACCGGGCAUGAGGACGGCAAGAUUCGCUUGUGGAGGAACUUCAACCACAAGAAGGAGUACACGUACUCCACCCUGCACUGGCACCACAGUGCUGUCAGCUCACUGUGCUUCACACCAGAAGGCACUAACCUACUGAGUGGAGGCUUGGAGUCGGUGCUCGUCCAGUGGCGGUACAACCAAGAGAGUCAGCGGGAUUUCCUGCCCCGCUUGGGUUCUGCCAUCACACACAUCGCUGUCUCACCGGAUGGAGCACUGUUCUGUACCUCACACAGUGACAAUAGUAAGGAGCUAUAACCUGUAUUAUUCACUUGGAUAAAACACAAUUCGCAACAAGCUGUUGGGAAUGUUUUGACGGUGGACACCAGGGUUUUGUGUCACAAACAAAUGUGAUAAAUACUGGUCUAAUGUCUGUGUUAACUGAGCUUAAAAACAACUGGUAGGCAGGCUAUAUAAAGAAUGAAAUCGUCAAAGCAUGUAGAGUUAGAAUAAACUGUAUUGAAAAGUUGGCUUAUGCUGCUUAUACAGUUGCAAGAAAAAGUAUGUGAACCCUUUGGAAUUACCUGGAUUUCUGCAUAAGUUGGUCAUA